UCAAAUGACGUCAUCAUUACGUAGCAGGAAGUAAAAUCGACUGCACAUGAGCACCGAAACAGAGGCGUGUCGCCUUCCAUUCCGCUGCAUCAAAUAAACACGCAACUUAUGUGAUAAAUCGUUAGCCUUAGCUACACUACAACCGCAACGACGAAAGUGUGUCUGUUCCUACUUAGACUUGACAGUGGUUGCAGUGUGAUAAUGUCUGCAAGGACCACAGCAAAGUACGUGGAGGAAAAGGACCGUAGUCGUCAACGACUGGAAGCUCUUUGGCUGCAGCCUUAUGUUGUGUUGCACAGAGCAGACAUCAGUGAAGCUAUUCUUGCUAAGCAGCAGGAGCCAGAGCGCACUCGCAUUAAAGAGGAAGAUGUGGCCAAAGAGGUCCACCACUUCAAUGGACAAAUGGAGCAGAGGUUUCUUUGCUCUAUAAAAGAGGAGGAAGAGCCGGAGCGGCCUUGUACUAAAGAGGAGGGAGAGGACUCCUGCGACAUUAAAAAGGAGGAGGAGGAAGAUACCUGCAAGAUGCCAUUGACUGGUGUUCCUGUGAAGCGUUUAGAUGAGGGUCAACAUGAGGUGAGCAAAGGGGCGGAGCUUCCAAGCUGCAGCUCUAGUCAACAAAUGACCAGAGAAGGGGAUGGAGACCACUGUGGGGGAUCACAAGCAGCUCCACCACCAUCAGAUAGUGAUGACGUGUCGUCACAUGUUCCUGCUGCUGCUGCUGAGGAGUCUCAAAACAAACACAGGCAAUGUUCUCACUGUGGAAUUUCUUUUGCUCAUAGCAGUAGUUUGAAACAACACAUGAGAAUCCACACUGGCGAGAAACCUUUUUCAUGCUCAGUUUGUGGCCAAAUAUUCUCUCAGAGUGGAGCUUUAAAAAGCCAUACAAGAACCCACACUGGUGAGAAACCUUUUUCAUGCUCUGUUUGUGGUCAGAAAUUCUCUGAGAAGGGAAGCCUAAAACGUCAUACAAGAACCCACACUGGUGAGAAACCUUUUUCAUGCUCUGUUUGUGGUCAGAAAUUCUCUGAGAAGGGAAGCCUAAAACGUCAUACAAGAAUCCACACUGGCGAGAAACCUUUUUCGUGCUCAGUUUGUGGCCAAUUAUUCUCUGACAAGGGAACCUUAAAAAGUCAUACAAGAAUCCACACUGGCGAGAAACCUUUUUCAUGCUCAGUUUGUGGCCAAAGAUUUUCACUGAAGUCACACUUAAAAAGUCAUACAAGAAUCCACACUGGCGAGAAACCUUUUUCAUGCUCAGUUUGUGGCCAAAGAUUUUCACUGAAGUCACACUUAAAAAGUCAUACAAGAAUCCACACUGGUGAGAAACCGUUUUCAUGCUCAGUUUGUGGCCAAUUAUUCUCUGACAAGGGAACCUUAAAAAGUCAUACAAGAAUCCACACUGGUGAGAGACCUUUUUCAUGCUCAGUUUGUGGCCAAAAAUUCUCUCGCAGGGAAAGCUUAAUCGGGCACACAAGAAUCCACACUGGCGAGAAACCUUUUUCAUGCUCAGUUUGUGGCCAAAAAUUCUCUGAGAAGGGAAGCCUAAAAUGUCAUACAAGAAUCCACACUGGUGAGAAACCUUUUUCAUGCUCUGUUUGUUGCCAAAGAUUUUCACUGAAGUCACACUUAAAACGUCAUACAAGAAUCCACACUGGCGAGAAACCUUUUUCAUGCUCAGUUUGUGGCCAAAGACUUUCACGGAAGUCACACUUAAAAAGUCAUACAAGAAUCCACACUGGCGAGAAACCUUUUUCAUGCUCAGUUUGUGGCCAAAGAUUUUCACUGAAGUCACACUUAAAAAGUCAUACAAGAAUCCACACUGGUGAGAAACCGUUUUCAUGCUCAGUUUGUGGCCAAUUAUUCUCUGACAAGGGAACCUUAAAAAGUCAUACAAGAAUCCACACUGGUGAGAGACCUUUUUCGUGCUCAGUUUGUGGCCAAAAAUUCUCUCACAGGGAAAGCUUAAUCAGGCACACAAGAAUCCACACUGGCGAGAAACCUUUUUCAUGCUCAGUUUGUGGCCAAAAAUUCUCUGACAAGGGAACCUUAAAAAAACAUACAAGAAUCCACACUGGUGAGAAACCUUUUUCAUGCUCAGUUUGUGGCCAAAACUUCUCUGAGAGGGGAAGUUUAAAUAAGCACACAAGAAUCCACACUGGCGAGAAACCUUUUUCAUGCUCAGUUUGUGGCCAAACAUUCUCUCAGAGCGGAAAUCUAAAUAAGCACACAAGAAUCCACACUGGCGAGAAACCUUUUUCAUGCUCAGUUUGUGGCCACAAAUUCUCUCAGGGGGCACAUCUAAAUAAGCACACAAGAAUCCACACUGGCGAGAAACCUUCUUCAUGCUCAGUUUGUGGCCAAACAUUCUCUGAGAGGGGAAGUUUAAAUAAGCACACAAGAAUCCACACCGGUGAGAAACCUUUUUCAUGCUCUGUUUGUGGCCAGAAAUUCUCUGAUAAGGGAAACUUAAAACGUCAUACAAGAAUCCACACUGGCGAGAAACCUUUUUCAUGCUCAGUUUGUGGCCAAACAUUCUCUCAUAGGGAAACUUUAAAAAGUCAUACAAGAAUCCACACUGGUGAGAAACCUUUUUCAUGCUCAGUUUGUGGCCAAAAAUUCUCUGCCAAGAGAACCUUAAAAAGUCAUACAAGAAGAAUCCACCCUGGCGAGAACCCUGUUGCCUGCUCAGUCAGUUGCCAAAGAGUCUCUGUUGAGAAUUCUGAGUGUCUUGGGGAGAUGAGCAGUGAUCCGUGAAGUUCUCACCUUCUAUUUGAGCAGACUUUAUGAGUUUAUGCAUCAAUGAUAAUUCUAUUCUAGUAUGUACCUUAUGAUUGAGAUGCUGAACUCCUUGUCUUUAUUACAAUGAGAAGUUCAUAUUUUAGCUUUAGUCAUGAAUUUUAAAAUAAAGUUAACCGGCCUCGGGACGAUAAUAGGUUUGUAUUUUCUAUUAUACUUGAUGUUUAUUUUGGUUUUAGUUGUGUUUUUGUAACUGCAAUUAGUUUUAAUUCCUAUUCCGGGCAAGUUGCUUAGUUUUUAUUAGUGUCUGUUUAGGAUUUUGUUUUGUUCAGCUUUUCAUGUUCAUGUGGAUCAAUAAAAUGAAAAAAGAAAUAGUGUUGGAUAUCCCCCAUUUUUCUUUUUUGUUACUUUGCCUCGCUACUAACACUUUAAAAUGUACUUGAGAUGCAUAUUAAGACAUUUCAUUAAAGAGUUGUUUACUUCACAGUACUCAUUGAAGUCUCAACCUCUUACCUUGUACGUGCUCUAGUCACAUUGAUAUAACUUAAACAGACAUUUAAAUAUACAAAUAUGUACGCUUUUGCUGAAAAGUUGGGGUGCGUUUAUUUAUCAUGCUAGAUGUGAAAACGA